ACACACUUACAUAUGCAAGAUUUAACUAGUUGAGUUCAUUAAGAAAUUAACCAGAUUUGAUCAUCACUCCCUGAUUGCAUAUGUACACGCAUAUAUUUGAUUUAUUUUUCCACAUGAUAUAAGAUUCCAAUUAAAACGUAAAAUUUCCCCAUUUCCUGGAUCUUCUCAUAUUUCCAGGAAACUCACUAAUAUAUUCGAAUCUCUUCAAGUAGCGGCGUCGCCCUAUAGAGAGAGAGAGAGAGAGAGUAUUUGCAUUGUUGUAGUAGCAGAGGAAUGAUAAGGGAAGGGAGAUCUUUGGAGGUGACGCCGACGUGGUCGGUGGCCACAGUCACCACCGUCAUGGUUUUCGUCUGUUUAUUUGCAGAGAGAUCCAUUUACAGAUUUGGAAAGUGGUUGAAGAAGACGAAGAGGAAAGCUCUGUGUGCUUCCUUGGACAAAAUCAAGGAAGAGCUGAUGCUGCUUGGGCUGAUCUCUCUGCUGCUGGGGCAAUGGGCGAGGUGGAUCUCUCAAAUCUGCGUCAACUCGUCUCUCUUCAACAGCAAGUUCUUCGCUUGCUCUGAGGCGGAUUACAGCGAGGAGAAGAUGAGUAUGAUAGCGACGGAGGAGGCCGUCGUUCCUCCCCAAGGAGUGGCUUACAUCCCAUCUCAUGUUUGCGGCUUGGGCCGCGAGCCCUUCGUCUCUGCGGAGGGGCUGGAGCAGCUUCACCGAUUUCUCUUUGUUCUCGGCAUCGCCCAUGUCCUCUACAGUUGCAUUGCCGUCGCCCUCGCCAUGACCAAGAUAUACAGUUGGAGGAAAUGGGAAUUUCAUGCCGGCGUGGUGGCGGAGGCGCAGGCGCGAGCGAAGAGCAAGACGAUGAGGCGGCAAUCCACCUUCGCAUUCCACCACGCCUCCCAUCCGUGGAGCAGGAAUCCGAUCCUCAUAUGGAUGCUCUGCUUUCUGAAGCAGUUCAAGAAUUCAGUGCGAAAAUCAGAUUACAUGGCGUUGAGAUUGGGUUUCAUCACCAAUCACAAGCUGCCGCCAUCCUAUAAUUUCCACAAAUAUAUGGUACGGACCAUGGAAGACGAAUUCUCUGGCAUUGUCGGUAUCAGUUGGCCGCUUUGGGGUUAUGCGAUCCUCUGCAUCUUCAUUAAUAUCCACGGUCUCAACAUUUACUUCUGGCUUUCAUUCAUACCUGCUAUUCUUGUGAUGUUGGUGGGCACGAAACUACAGCACGUCGUCUCCCUGUUAGCUCUUGAAGUGGCGGGGCCGUCUGUGGGAAGCCAAGUGAAGCCACGCGACGCGCUGUUUUGGUUCGGGAAGCCUGAAAUCUUGUCGCGCUUCAUACAGUUCAUAUCGUUUCAGAAUGCUUUCGAGAUGGCAACCUUUAUCUGGUCCUUGUGGGGAUUCAACAAGCGUUCUUGUUUCAUGAAGAAUCACGCUAUGAUCGUCAUUCGACUCAUCUCAGGGGUGGUUGUCCAAUUCUGGUGCAGUUAUAGCACUGUCCCAUUGAAUGUGUUGGUUUCAACGAUGGGAUCUCGUUGCAAGAAAGCGAUAAUUGCAGAGAGCGUGAGAGAGUCGCUGCAUAGCUGGUGUAAGAGAGUGAAGGCGAGGUCCAAGGCCACCAACUCCAUCACCACGAGGUCCACGUGUUCCAUCGAAUCAAUCAUUGAUGAGGGUGACGAGAUCAUCACAGUUGGAUCCCCCACGUUGUCUCCCUCUUCCUCCUUUGGCCAUAUGGAUGAAGUACAACAACAUUGUGAUCUUGAGAGCUCCUCCAUUAGCCAAGAAUUCUCCUUCAGACAACCCCAUUACGAUGACGACGUCGUUGCUCGAGACGAGGUGGUCGAAGCCAAGAUUGAGACUACUCUUCUUGAUCUACUCAACAAGACAUGAGGCCAGUUGAGGUUGGUUUUAACUGGCUUGUGUUAGAUUGUCUCAAGUGAUCAAAAUCCGUUAUAAUAUGGAAGUCAUAAUAGGUGGUAUAGUUGUAAUUUGAGUUGAUGCUUGAAUAUGAUUUGAGUACUACGAAUUUUUGAUCGGUGAGACGAUCUCACAUAACACUACAUUUAUAUGUAUAUUUGAUGUUACACAUUGAAGGUGUAGUUUACUUAUAUUGUCCA